GUCGUCAUGGCAACGGAUCUCCCGCCGCCGACGGCGCGCUGCAGUGAGACGGAGCAGAGACGGUGACUCACCGGAGAAUAACGGAGACUACCGGAAACUACCGGAGCGGCCGUCCACCGGAGAAUAACGGAGCGGCCGUCCACCGGAGAAUAACGGAGAAUAACGGAGCGGCCGUCCACCGGAGAAUAACGGAGACUACAGGAGAAUAACGGAGACUACAGGAGAAUAACGGAGAAUAACGGAGACUACAGGAGAAUAACGGAGAAUAACGGAGACUACAGGAGAAUAACGGAGCGGCCAUCCACCGGAGAAUAACGGAGAAUAACGGAGAAUAACGGAGACUACAGGAGAAUAACGGAGAAUAACGGAGACUACAGGAGAAUAACGGAGACCGUUAGCUGUGAUCUUCCAGCGGCGUCAGAGGCCGCGACGUCGACCGACUAUUAAUGAGGCUGAUGGCGGGAAACUACCGCAGUGACAAAACGGCAACCAGGGCAACCACGGCAACCAGGGCAACCACGGCAACCAGGGCAACCACGGUAACCACGGAAACCAGGGCAACCAGGGCUCUGCAUCGUUGCCUUAGCCUGAAGGACACAGCAACCAGCAACUGUUUGUCUGUUUCCCGUCAUGUUGCUUCUGCAACCAUAGCAACAACUGAUGAUGUUUAACAGCCGACAUGUUGACUCAACCAGCAACAACUGAAGCAACUAACAUGACAGCAGCAAUGCUUCCGGCCUGAGCCUCCAUCAGCUCCGCCCACUUCCUGCUCCAACCUCCAAUCAACACAAUGAACCACCUGAUGGAGGCGGAACCAGCAGAGACACAGGCCAAGGUGCAGACCUGGGCUCAGUCUCUGGUUUAUACUCUGGAGGAACUCGAGUGUAAAAUCUGCUACAACCGAUACGACACCCGCAGCCGAAAACCCAAACUCCUGGGCUGCCUGCACCGGGUCUGCGCCAAGUGUCUCAACAAGAUGGUCCACAUGGGAGAGUCUUCCCCCUCCAUCAUAAGCUGUCCCUUCUGUCGCCAUGAGACCUACGUCCCUGAUGAGGAGGUGUGGCUGAUGGAGGACGACCGACACAUCCUGGCGGUUCUGUCAUGUCAGGACCGGGUACGGCGAGGAGGAGGAGGAGGAGGAGGAGGAGGAGGAGGAGGAGGAGGAGGAGGGGAGGUGGUUCUGAGUCCAUCCAGUCUAACUGAUGAAGGUGCAGGAGGAGGUUUGGACGUGUCCCAACGUUCCUCAGAUUGUCUGGUCAUCACCAUCAUGGAACUCCCAGAGGCAUCUCCGUCCUCAGACUCACUGAGCAUGCUCAAUGUGGUGGGUCUCUACCGCCCCCCCAGCCUGGACUCCCUGCCCUGCAACCUGCCGGGUCAUAAGUGUCGUGCCUGGACAACCCGCAGUUUCCCCCGCUGCCUACUGGGGGCGCUGUGUCUGGUGUACUUCAGCUCUCUGCCUCUGGGCAUCUACCUGCUGAUGAUUGGUCAGUUGUGGUUGGGAGUGGUUCUGGUGAGUCUGGUUCCGUCCACGCUGCUGCUGCUCGUCCUCUACGGUUUCUGUCAAUGUCUCUGCCACGAAGUCAUGGAGGCUUUGGCAGCACGGACCAACCCGCUGCCAUGACGACGCACCAACCCGCUGCCAUGACGACGCACCAACCCGCUGCCAUGACGACGAUGCAACAACCCGCUGCCAUGACGAUGCACCAACACGCUGCCAUAACAACGACGCAACAACCCGCUGCCAUGACGACGCACCAACACGCUGCCAUAACAACGACGCAACAACCCGCUGCCAUGACGACGCACCAACCCGCUGCCAUGACGACGACGCACCAACCCGCUGCCAUGACGACGCACCAACCCGCUGCCAUGACGACGCACCAACACGCUGCCAUGACGACGCACCAACCCGCUGCCAUAACAACGACGCAACAACCCGCUGCCAUGACGACGCACCAACACGCUGCCAUGACGACAACGCACCAACCCGCUGCCAUGACGACGCACCAACCCGCUGCCAUGACGACGCACCAACACGCUGCCAUGACGACGCACCAACCCGCUGCCAUAACAACGACGCAACAACCCGCUGCCAUGACGACGCACCAACACGCUGCCAUAACAACGACGCAACAACCCGCUGCCAUGACGACGCACCAACCCGCUGCCAUGACGACGCACCAACCCGCUGCCAUGACGACGCACCAACACGCUGCCAUGACGACGCACCAACCCGCUCCCAUGACGACGACGCACCAACCCGCUGCCAUGACGACGCACCAACACGCUGCCAUGACGACGCACCAACCCGCUCCCAUAACAACGACGCACCAACCCGCUGCCAUGACGACGCACCAACACGCUGCCAUGACGACGCACCAACACGCUGCCAUGACGACACAUCAACACGCUGCCAUGACGACGACGCACCAUCCCGCUGCCAUGACGACGCACCAACGCGGUGCCAUGACAAAGACACCACAGGACACAGAACGCUGCCAUAGCAAUGAUGCUCACCCCCUCUUAAUACCAGCAAACCCCUUUUAUGAAACAACCAAUCACAUUAGGACAAGGUGAUGAUGUCAUCACAGAUUUCAGCCAAUCACAGGACACGUUGUGAGGACUGGAAACAUCACAUCAUCCGUGUUGGAGAGAAACUGUUUACAUGUAAUUAAAGAUGGAGUCUGCUAUUCCAGACACGGUAUCGCCAUGGCAACAGUGCUAACGAACAAGUCAACAGCAAUAAUGUAACACGUUAGCUAGACAGCAGGUUAGCCACAGCGAACAUAGCAUCUACAGCUAACACUGCUGCUACAGCUACAGCUAACAUAGCAUCUACAGCUAACAUAUCAUCUACAGCUAACACUACAGCUACAGCUAACACAGCAGCUACAGCUAAUACUGCAUCUACAGCUAACAUUUCAUCUACAGCUAACACUGCAUCUACAGCUACAGCUAACACAGCAUCUACAGCUAACACUGCAUCUACAGCUACAGCUAACACAGCAUCUACAGCUAACACUGCUGCUACAGCUACAGCUAACACAGCAUCUAAAGCUAACACUGCUGCUACAGCUACAGCUAACAUAGCAUCUACAGCUAACAUAUCAUCUACAGCUAACACUACAGCUACAGCUAACACUGCAGCUACAGCUACAGCUAACACAGCAUCUACAGCUAACACUGCUGCUACAGCUACAGCUAACACUGCUGCUACAGCUACAGCUAACAUAGCAUCUACAGCUAACAUAUCAUCUACAGCUAACACUACAGCUACAGCUAACACUGCAGCUACAGCUAACAUAUCAUCUACAGCUAACAUUACAGCUACAGCUAACACAGCAUCUACAGCUAACACUGCAUCUACAGCUAACACAGCAGCUACAGCUAACAUUUCAUCUACAGCUAACACUGCAUCUACAGCUAACACUACAGCUACAGUUAACAUUUCAUCUACAGCUAACACUGCAGCUACAGCUAACACUACAGCUACAGUUAACAUUUCAUCUACAGCUAACACUGCAGCUACAGCUAACAUAGCAGCUGACAGCUAUCGCUGCAUCUACGACUAACCGCUUACACCGCUACAGCUAACACUGUUAGCUCUCCUGCGAUGGCCGACUCUGCCUUUAAUGUGUUGUUUGAACUUAUGUAACCGUGGAAACUGUGGAAUAUGUGAAUGUGUGAUGAAGCUAGCUUAGCACAAAGCCUGAAGCUAGAGGCUAAUUGUUAGCCUGCUGGGAACUGUACCUGUCUGACCAGUGUGACUAGCACGUAGCAUGUAGCUGGAGUUCAGGGAUUAUUUAUUUUAUUUAUUUGCAUGCGAUAGCGCUAAAUGUUAUUGGUCAGCUCACAUACGGCAAAUAUUCAGGAGCCAAAACACAAAUAUUAACACCUGCUAACAGUGUUCCUGCUAAGCUAGGCAAAUGUUUCAGUCUUUGUGCUAAGAUAGGCUAACAGCUAGGGUUAGGAAGACAAAGGUGAUGGUGGUGGUGAUGAUGAUGAUGAAGAGGAGGGUGAUGUCACUUCCUGUCUAAACUGUGGGUAAAGUCUGUUUAGUUUCAGUCCUAAAAUAAACUGAAACUAAAACAAA